CCGCGAGGGGGCGAGCGCGCACCCUCUCUCAUCACCGCGAGGCGCGCCUGCGACUCAUGCAGUAGCCCGGCAUCUCCAGAGACUGCUACCUUGGACUCGUGCUUUCUUCUCCUUUCCUCCCCCUUCCUAAAGGAGUACCCAUCCCUUCGCCCCACGCCUGGGACCUGGGGACUAUAAAGUGAAAAUGGAGCAACAAGAACCAGCAGAUUCUUCUCAAAAUACCAAGCAGUCUAUUAUUUCAGAGGAGCUAAUUUCAGAAGGAAAAUGGGUCAAGCUUGAAAGAACAACUUACAGAGAUCCUACUGGUAAAACAAGUGUGUUGGGGAUGGGACCUUCAGUGCUUUUCCCAGCACUGUCUUCUUCAGUCUUUAGGACUCUAAUCCUAGGAGGCAGCAGAGAGAACUGGGCCAGAAGAACUUGGGAAACCGUGAAGCGGACAACGAGGAAAGGCCAGUCGGCUGAUGGUGUGGCGGUCAUCCCCGUGCUGCAGAGAACCCUUCACUAUGAAUGCAUCAUUCUGGUGAAGCAGUUCCGGCCCCCGAUGGGGGGCUACUGCCUAGAAUUCCCCGCCGGUCUCAUCGAUGACAGCGAAAGCCCCGAAGCAGCUGCUCUUCGGGAGCUCGAGGAAGAAACUGGCUACAAGGGCGACGUUGCUGAAUGUUCCCCAGCUCUCUGUAUGGAUCCAGGUUUGUCAAACUGUACCACACAUAUCGUAACCGUAACUAUCAAUGGAGACGAUGCUGAAAACGUAAGGCCUAAGCCAAAGCCAGAAUUUGUGGAAGUGAUUUCCUUACCAAAGAAUGACCUGCUGAAGAGACUUGACGCUCUGGUAGCUGAUGAACAUCUGACAGUGGACGCCAGAGUCUAUUCCUACGCUCUGGCGCUGAAACAUGCAAACACGAAGCCGUUUGAAGUGCCCUUCCUGAAGUUUUAAGGCCAAAGGACAGUCGCCGUGUUUCUGUAACCAGGACACAGGCCUCCUUCAUUAAGACUUUGUAUUCAGCUUAGUUUCAAUGGAGAUUUGAAAUUAGUUUUUUCAUAAAAUAAAAGCACAGAAUGCAUGUGGUGGUAUGGAAUUGUAAUUACAGGUAGAUUAUAGCCUUCAUUUAAAUGCUAGACUCCAGCUAAUAUUAAAGAACAACAACGUAAAUGCAGGUAAACGUUUAAUCUAGCUUUCAAAAAAGAAAGCUCAGCUGUCAACUUUUCUACUCUAAUCCAGGAGAUACAGUAUUUUCAUAGGAAAAUAGACCUGAAUUCCAAUUAGGUCAACUCUUCCCAACCCCACUAAAAAAUAUGUAGCGAGGUAUGCAAACAACCGUUUACGGCAUUAGAGUUUUUUUAAAAGACAGACCUAUAUAGGGACUUUCUUGGCCUCUCCUAAUCAUCUGCUAUAUGGAAUUAAUCUGCAUAGCAGAGGACAUAAAAGAGAAUAACAUUCGUAAUAAGCAAAUGUUUCCAGUUAGCUAGUGUCCUUAUAGCCAUUUAACUACUGGAGGGUGGCCAGCUCUUAUGUAAUGAAAAACGGUCGAUUCAUUCACGUACCAAGGUUCACAGGCUAAAGAAAAUACAGGGCCCUUCCCUCAAGCACGUGUAUAUACUUCAGAAUCUCAUUUCCUAUCCUUACCUCAAAAAGUACUUGAAGUUUCUAAAAACCAAACCCAUGGUAAUAAGAUUUACAUGGUUUGGGGCAUUGUCUUGGUGUUAAACAGUGAGUGUAGCCAGCACAGUUAGCAAGUACCAGAAACCCAAUACAAGCUUCUUCUUUAAAGGAAAAUAUGGAUUGUUUCUGGCUCAUGCCAUGCCCAAACUUCCCCUGCCCCCAAUCCUCAAGGUCCACCGGUGUCAUUGGCCAUUUUCUUACCUCUUGAGCUUGGCUGUUGUGUGGACUUCUGUAGCCUCAGAGGCUCCAGGAUUACUGCCUCUUUGGUGUAGAAGUCUCUGGAUGGUUCUCAUUGGCUACCCCUAAGUCAUGUUUCCAGCCCUGGACCAGGGGUUAGCCAGGCCCCUCAGAACCAGAUAAGAUCAGGGGACUAGUGCCAAAAAGGCUGCAGUACAGUUUGCUUGUCUGCAGGUUCACUGUCUUACCUAGAGAUAUUUUUAUGAGCAAAAAUAGAUCUUUAUAUUGUACUUCCUAAAAAGGAUGGAAAGAAUCAUGCAACUAGAGAACUGUAUCGAUGAAGUCUACUCUCCCUGUGAAUACUAUGAAAAUUCAGCCCCAACAACUAGUUGCUCUAAUAGUAGCCUUCCCCUGUGCCUCUUAAAUCCUUAUUUUUAAUCAUGGGCAUCAUGAUUCUCCAGGGACUGUAAUCCUCCCCUGAGCACUCAAGGCCCUCGUUACUGCUCAUCAAAAUCGAGGGACGCCAAGGCAUACAGAGAAUGCACGGGCUCAAGCACACAGACUAGUCUCUAAACAGCCUCCAACUCUUGCAAAACCACUCCCCAUGCCAACUGAUAAAGCUACUCAAAUGCUGAUGGAGGACAGAGAUUUGUAACCCUUGCCUGUCCUUUCUGCCUUCUUUUCCCAAGAGUGCAGUUCAGAAGUGACACCUAAAUCCUAGAACAUCCCCUAAUGCAGUUUAUGUUCUCUGUAAACAUCAAAGGCUAUGCUUUGGAAAUUCGGUCAGUUUGCACACUGGCAGUCUGGAUGUUUUCACUGGCUGGCCCUAUCAGUGUAUCAGUAUUUAAACGUUGAAGGUUUAUUAGUAUUUUUUUGAAGGUUUAUUAUUAAAAGCUGUAUUUCUACCUUCUUUGGGGAAAAAUAGCUGUAACACUGGGUUGUAUUUCCAUGGUAACAGUGGUCUGAGGCCCUCAGGAGAUGAUCUCCAGUGGACAUGGCUACUCUCCUGCCUGCCUGUAUUUUCUCUGCCUUCCUCCUGAAAUUAGUUGGCUUUGUGAUCCUAAGCUAAAUAAGAUACACCUCCUGCACUAAGAAAGUAAACAAUGAUAGAAAACCAUACGAAUGAGAAGGACUUCUUUGAAAAAUUAAGUUUGAUCUUUUGGGGCAAUAAAGCACAUACUUUGAAAAAUGAAUUAGGGAAUUCCCUGGCGGUCCAGUGGUUAGGACUCUGUGCUUUCACUACGAAGGAUUCCUGGUCCAGGAGCUAAGAUCCCAUAA